GCUGUGUGUGUGUAUUAUUAGAAUAGCGACACACACUCUUGUGUUCCCACUGCAAGCAUGGCUGGCGACAGUGAAACACAUCUUGAGGACAGAGCGGAGAACGACCACAACAUCCGACAGCCUUUCCUCAUCGGUGUGUCUGGAGGCACAGCCAGCGGAAAGUCUUCAGUAUGUGAGAAGAUCAUGGAGCUGUUGGGCCAGAAUAAAAUUGACCGUCACCAACGGCAGGUGGUCAUCCUCAGUCAAGACAGCUUUUACAGGGAGCUCACAUCUGAACAGAAAGCCAAAGCACUCAAGGGCCAGUUCAACUUCGAUCACCCAGAUGCAUUCGACAAUGAGCUCGUCAUGAAGACUCUGCGUGACAUUAUUCAGGGGAAGACCGUGCACAUCCCAGUUUAUGACUUUGUUACCCAUUCCAGGAAGGAUGAGUUUGUGACUGUGUAUCCAGCAGAUGUGGUUCUCUUUGAGGGCAUCCUCAUGUUCUACUCACAAGAGAUUCGAGACCUGUUCCAAAUGAAGCUGUUUGUGGACACAGACCCAGACACGCGCCUCUCGCGAAGAGUGUUGCGGGACAUCAGUGAGAGAGGCAGAGAGCUGGAGCAAGUUCUGUGCCAGUACAUCACCUUUGUGAAGCCAGCCUUUGAGGAGUUCUGUCUUCCUACCAAAAAGUAUGCAGAUGUCAUCAUCCCCCGAGGAGCAGACAAUCUCGUGGCUAUUAAUCUGAUUGUGCAGCAUAUUCAGGAUAUCCUGAACGGAGGAUUCACCAAACGACAGAACGGUUUUCAGAACGGCCACGGGACCCCUAGACAAAGACGGACGUCUGAGUCGAGUCGACCUCACUGACCUCACUGUAGCCCUUCCCUCCAUUGAGGAGAAGGCGGAACAGUAUACAUCCCAUUCAUCUAAUGACAAUGAGGGGAUGCAGGAGCUGAAACGCCUUUGUUAUUGUCACUAUGAUUUGCAUUUUGCAUUUGAAAUGUUGUGGUUGUGAAUAACUGUUUGCUGUUACAGGGUUUUGAAAGUGCUGUAUGUUUUAUGAAAAGUUUGAUCGCACACUCAGCAUGUCCUGUCAGCGUGUCUGUCUGCUUUCUCAGCCACUCAGAAAAUAAAGGAAUAGUAUGGAAAGUUUU